AUGACAUCCAAUCAUAGACCCACUUUGGAGAGUAAGCGAGGAAAGGUAUUGGAGAUCCUGGACUCUAUUGCGCAUUCUCGUGCACUUCCGCUGCAGACAAAGCUCAAAACGAGAAAAGAUGGUGGAAAAAAUGUAGAUUAUUAUGCCGCUGCUCGAAGUUUGCGUAAAGAUAACGACAUGAAAUCCAAGUUGGAAACUUCAGAGGAACCAAAACUUGUACGAGACGUAUCAGAGGAACUAGAGAGCAAACCUGAAGACUUAAAGGCUAUUAAAGAACGAAAUAGUGACGAUGAUCAAUCAGAUGAAGAACAUAAAAUUUCAGACCACAAAGAUGACAAUAAUGAAAGUAACGACAAAAGCAAAGGUGACAGUGAAGGUGGUAGUAGUGACAGCGAUGAUAGUGACGAUGACGAAACAGAACAGUUAAUGGCCGAAUUGGCGAAAAUCAAGCAGGAACGAGAAGAGGAAAAGUUGCGAAAACAGAAGGAAGAACAUGAAAAGGCAGAUUCAACGAUGCAGAAAAAUCCUCUUUUGAACUCAUUCAAAGUUAGCAAAAGUUGGCGUUCGGCCAAAAAGUUCAACAAUUCCAAACAGCUUCAACGCUCAGAAGACGAAACGUUCACCAGCAGCACCGUUGACUCCGAAUUUCAUCAAUAUUUUCUUAACAAAUACAUACGGUAA